AUGGUCUCGCUUUCGGUGUUGACGGUUGUAAAGUCUACGUUGGUGGUUGCGACUUAUAUUGUUAGCAUUAUCUUUGAGCUCGAGCGAUUCAACCUGCGACUGGCGCUGAUCUUGACAUGGAUAAUUACGAGUGUGUGCAUGUGCUUGCCGGGUAUGCAUAUGCGGUCUGGUUUUGGCGUGUUGAUUCUGGCGAUGGCGGUGAUUGGAGCAUCGCUUCGCUGGGUUUUGAUCCACUUGCAGAUUCAGCGGUUCCGGACUCCCAAGGGUCAGUUGAUCGCUUUGACGCAACCGUUGGCAGCUCUGUGUUUGGUUCCGGCUGUGGUGGUGUACGAUGGACCCUCGAUGUUAUCUUCCUUUUACGAAGGGCACGGGUCGUUGAUCUCGAUACCGGAGCACGGGAGUUCUUGGGCCGUUGCUAUGAACCACUUUUUGCGUUCGGCGGAUCGUGUUAUGCUCAUAUCUGCCUUGUUGGCAUUGGCCACGGUUUUGGUUACUAUCCUGCUGUUCUUGGAGUUCCAGGUUGUUGAAGACAGCUCUUCACUCUCUUUGGUUGUGGCCGGGACCGGGAAGGAGUGUCUCACCGUCGGCAUGGGCCUCAUCAUCUUCCGCGAACGUCUCCCGCUCCGCAGCUGGAUCGGACUAGGCAGCAGCGUACUUGGCAUCUUGGCUUAUGCACACACUCGCGCGCUUAUGGAGAACGAACAAAAGGCCUUCGCGCGAGCACGACGCGACAGCGAUGACUCUGCACAGUCAACUCUCAAACUCGACCAAGACACCAUUGAACUGGCCACCACAACUGGCUCAUCCGGCGUCGAGGUUUAG